AUUGUUGCAUGAAUUAUCAUUUGAAUGAACAUCAAUAUCUAAAUCAACAACCGUGCCCUUUCCGUUUUCAUUCAACAAACUGGAUUUGUGAAAUAUUCUUAACUUAUUUUGGAUUUAAUUAAUACUUCAUGAUAAACCAGAGCAUCUUGGUACCACCGCUUCAUUUCUGUUAAAGGCUUGUGGACAAAAAGAAUGUUGGUUUACUUGGAAUUGAGGGUUAAAAUAUUCUAAAGUUUGCCUUACAGUCUAAAACAACUGGAAAUGAAAUAACUGUACUUACUCAUUAAGCUUAAAUAAAGGCCCCUUGCGGUAGACUCCAUCAUAUUGAACCAAUAAGUAACUGUUAGGAUGUGUGAAACGUCAACAUGAUACCAGACACGCAGAUAUUUGAUGCAGAGAACUUUCUAGGCCAGGCAACAACAGAAGGCAUUCUAGAAUGGCUGGAGGGAAACAGCGAGAUGUCCGUGCUGAUGGAUGCAAUCCAAGAAGACCUGAAAUCGGACAGCAACGUAGAUAAUGGCUUUGAUAGAAACAACAACAGCAAUGAAAACGACGACGUCGGUAUUGGCAAGACAGAUAACACCAGCAGUACCACUGGGAAACACACACCCACUACCGACGGCCCGCCUGACGAUAUCCGUGCCUUUUACGGACAUCCGCUCACAGCGGCAACCGCAUCGGCUAAUGACGCUGACACGCAUGCGUCCGCAGUGGCCCUCUUGCACGAGUACAUCAACCUCCCUGCCCUGGAUAGAAGCGGGAUGAAAAUAGGCGACAAAAUCAACUCUAUUUACGACAUAAUGAGAGAUGACGGGUCGUCUGCAAAGGUUGAAACCGGAAGUGAGGGGGACGGUGAUUAUAUGCAAAUGUUGCAGACGACAUUAGCCUCUGAAGUGGACAAAUUCUUCAACAGGGAUUGUGGCGAGGAUACAACUGUUGUCAUAGCAACAGAAAAUACUAACUGCCCUGUCAGCAUUGCAGAAGAAGUGAUAAAUGAGGUUUGCGUAGAAACAAGUUGUUUUAGCGCCGAAACUGUGGACCCUUCACAACUGUAUGUAGAAGUGCCGCAAUCAGUUGUUCACAGCUCCGAAAAUACCACAGACGCUUCUGUUCCCGAAUUGCCUGUGGCCAUGCGGAGCUUGGAAGAUAUGAGCGGUGACAUUCCAGCACAGUCUUGCAGUGCAAAUAAAGCACCCGCAGUAACCGCGGUAUUGCCUCCGGAGAAAGUCACUUGCAGUAGCAGACGACCGAGAGAGCCGAAAGAACAAGUAAAUGUAAAAACACAAGAAUUAUCAAAGAAGCUUGUGAAAGCAUUGACAGAAAAAAUUAUGAAGAGAAUGAAUCAAAAAGAUCAACAGACUAUAAGUGAAAAAACGGAACUGGAAACAGCAGUUUCAAAUCUUCCUCCCGGUGGAAGAGAGGGUGUUUGUACAAAUAACGUAGAGGAUAAAUAUACAUAUAUAACUGACAGUGCUGUUUUAAAAGACAUAUCUGUUGAAAAGAAUCAUGAGACUAUAUUAGAAAACCUACCUGUAACAUUGCCUGUCAUAGAGGCUGAAAGUUUGGACGCAUCUCCCGUUCCCAUGACAACAUACUCAUCGUCACAUCUGACGUCAUCAACAGCUCACACCUCAUCAUCUCCCCUGUCUCUUACCAAAGAAAUAAAGACUGCACAAAACUGUACACAAACUCGUUUAGUGGAUGCUCCGCAAACAAUAGAAAGUGCUAGUGUGACGCGACGUGUGACUGUACCAAUAUUUAACAAAGACAGUGCGAUUGCGCAUGCGCAAACGCUUGAAACCAAACAAUAUGUAAGGCAGAACUCUGUCCCUGCUACAAACCAAAAUGGUUAUCAGACUAAUAGUUCAAAUAGUGCAGCAAACAUAUGCCAUGCAUCAAAUGGUCCUCCCCCAGUGUAUUAUUUCCCUGAUGUGAACUCUGGAGCCAUUAGUAUGUACCAAAACCCAGUUCGGUCCACCGUGGCUGCGACCUCUGAUUGUGAUAUAAUGCUGGAGAGAUAUAUACAGCAACAAGCUCCUUACGUCCAUGAAAAUCCAAGUGGCAGAGGGCACGGUAAAGAAACUUACAGCCUUAAAUCUCCUGACAGUGGCUUCUGUGAACCGUGUGUGUCUCCAAGGGAACCGAAUCACGUGCAAUAUUCUGAGGGCGUUGAUCUCAAGCGAUAUCCAGACGGAUCUGGCGACGAAGGUGAUAAGCGUGGAGGCAAGGUUGCUAGGAGACGGAAGUCGGCACCACCGAUGUACGUGAAACAGUACUGGCAUCCGCUGGACAAACUGGCGAAAUCUGGUAUUACAAAAUUGGAGGAAGAUCCCGCGGGUUACAAGUACUUCCUGGAAUGUCCAAUAUCAACCACACAGAGGAUUGAGGAGGACCGAAUAACAUAUCUCAAUAAAGGUCAGUAUUACGGAUUAACACUGGAACAUGACGGACAACGAACUAUAAAAAGCCAGACAUUAAAGUCAGUAAUUAUGGUGGUGUUCAGAGAAGACAAACACCUAGAAGACGAAAGAAAAUCUUGGGAAUUCUGGCAUAGCCGGCAACAUAGUUACAAACAACGAGUUAUUGAUAUAGACACCAAAAACAGUAUAAACAUAGGCCCUAACUGCACCGAAGAGAUAGCAUACAAUGCUGUUGCAGUGAAAUGGAAUCCACGUGACUCCCCAGUGAAGGUGAAUAUUGCGGUACACUGUUUAAGUACAGAUUUUAGUAAUCAAAAAGGCGUAAAGGGCCUGCCUCUACAUGUACAAGUGGACACUUACGAGAACUCAACCAAAGAUGCUUUCCCUAUCAGCAGAGGAUACUGUCAGAUAAAGGUCUUUUGCGAUAAGGGCGCCGAAAGGAAAAUACGAGAUGAAGAAAGGAGGAAACAGUGCAGGGUGAGCAAGACAGAGACUCAACCAGGAACCAAAGCUCUCAGGAGGCGCCACGAGGAGGUAUAUCACGAAGCGCUAGACAAAUCGGAAUUUUACCCCGUGGCGGACCUUCAGUCUCAGCCUAUACUGUUUACACCCACAUUCGAAAGCGAUGACUCCGCUAGGCCAAGUCCUGUUAAUUUGUCAAUUACAGACGAAGACGGAAGUUCAAGUAUAACGAGCAGCGUUGACCAUUAUGACAGUGCUGAAGAUGGGAUAAGCCCAGCAGCCAAACGACCUCGCACAGAUCACUACACUCCAUAUCAAACAUUUUCAAAUAUUCUGCUGUAUGUUAGAGAGAAACAUGAAGUUGUCUUCACUGCUGUCAUGUUAAGAUCUCCUACCUUACAUGGACUUUUACAAGCGGUUGAAGAGAAGUAUAAUGUUCCCAUGUCGAAAAUCAAACAUUCAUAUAAACGCUCAAAGAAAGGAAUCCUAGUACGCAUGGAUGACAAUAUAAUUCGUCAUUAUUCACAUGAAUCAACGUUUAUCAUUGAACUGAAGAAGAAAGACGAUGGUUAUGAAUUAAUUCUCACAGAAAUUGACCCUUGCUGACAAAAUCUAUGAAAGUGUCGUCUGCCGCAGACGGAUCUACAUUCCAGCUCGAUAAUUUGGCGCCACUAAGUAGCUUACAUUACUUCCGGGUCAUUGGUGUGUUAUUUGAACAACACUUGAGGCUCUGUGAAGAUUUCUUGAACAUUUCUUCUACAAUAUUAUCCAUGCAGAAUAAAUCAGAAAUACAAGAAAGAACCCAAUACGGAUUGUAUAUAGUUGAAGGGACCGAGCACAGUGUCCGUAUGGAGCAUUCCUGCAUAUCAGCGGUCGACCAUAGUUCCUUGGUAGUUCGUAUUGUGGGCUGUAUAGAAUCUUUGACGAAUGGAAAUGAGUACUCACAUUUUGAUAAUUUCAAAUACUUGUUUGGAAUUGUACACUAUAACGGAAUAAACAGCAGUAUCUACAUGGAAGCUGUCUAUUAUGUAUAUAGAGAUGAUCAAAGACAUGUUCACGGGUUGAUCGCCGUGAAUAGUAGUGUUCAAGAGGGAACUUUAUAAAGUGCUACAGAAGAUGGUGCUUGUAUAAAUACCAUAUUUGCGUUCUAUGAUAAAAGAACAUUGUAAAAUUACCAUCAGUGCAUUCUUUGAUAUUAAGUUUUUGUAAAUAGGAAUGAAAUGAUUUCGCCUUUUGAAAUGUUAGAUGGACAAGAGAAAUCUUAAGUUGUAGCAUAAUAGUUUAAAUGAAUACACUGUUGCGACAUAUAUAGCAUUUAUAGCCUUCUAUAUUGGCUAAACGCAUUGUAAACCAUGACGUACUUCGUACAUUUAGCUGUAUUUCAUGUUGAGAGCAUAGUUCAAAGAGCUAAUGUUGUAUUAGAUAACUUUACUGCUGUUUUGUUUACAGAAGAACAUUCCCGAUUGUUGUUGUUGUUUUCUAGAUGUAUAUAUUUUAUAUAUUUUGAUAUUUUUACAUAGGAUGACCGUCCAUUACUUGAACAUUCCAGUUAGAUAUAUAGCAUAUGUCAACAUGUUUAGGAAGCUAGUUAUCUUCACAAAAGUUAUUACCUUUCAUAUUUUAAAACGCAUAACCAGAGAUAUGAUAUAUUUAAAAUUACUUAAAAGUAGUUUCUUAAAUGGUAAUAGAUUAAGAUAGCGAUAAGCUGAACUAAAUGAAAAAAUGGUAUUUGUGUGAGAGAGAGAGAGAGAUCCUUAUUUUAUUACAUGAAGAAACUUUGCGAUUGAAUUUCUUACAUUAAUAUUUAGAGCUAACUUACCAAAACUAUUUAUUGCAUGAAAAGAUACAGAAAGGACCUUUUAAUACAAUGACAUGCAUAAUUUCCAUUCUGUGCAGUGACUUACUUUUUCAGAUUAUGGUGCCUUAUUUCAUGCAUUUGCAAGAGGUCACUCAGUGCUUAAAUAUUUAGUCAUUUUGUGAUUGGUAUAGAAAGAAAAAACGCUAGCGCGAUUCAUGCAUUUGCAAAACAUUCCAAUGUUGUGUAUACCCGUCUACGAAAAAAUAGCAUUAAACAAUUAGAUGCAAGGCUUAUAUAGUUUUAUACAAGCCUAAUAAAGGGUAACAGUUUUUGUGACAAAAUACAAUCAGUUCAUUGAAACUUUACUUUUCAAUCUCAUGUUACUCACGCUCUUGUGACUUCGAGAGAUCCGAAUACAAUAACGAAGCUUAACACAUUUUCAUCAGUUCAUUUUUUUACUAAAAGGUUUAUACGGUCCUACUCAUUUAAAUAUUUUUGCAGGUAAAAUAUACCCAAACAUGUUUUUAAUUCAGGCAUUUAAGUGUUUCAGAUGCAGUGGAUUAAUUUAAUAUCAAAAUGAUGGAUUUCAUUUGUUUUUAGACACAACAUUUUAAUUGUAUUCACUUAAUUAUUGCAACAAAAAGAACUACGUUUGUAUUAAUGUUUGUUUGCAAAACUAAAGAAAGUAAAAUUGAUAUUUCUGCAGUCCUAAAAUGAUGCCGACUGUCGCCAUUUUCAGACAUUUUCUUUCUACAGCAGUCAAGUUGAAAUUCUUUCCCAGAGUUUAUACGUUGACUACCAUAUAAAAUCAAAUAUCAUUUGAAGUUUAACUGUCCGUUAAGACUACGUGGCGCAUCAUCCAAGUUCAGCAGAACGUAUUCAAUUGAUUCCCAUCUCAUGUACAGUUGGUAUAUGCAAAUGUAAUAAUGUUGUCAAUAACAUGUUUCUAGUCAAAAAUGAUCAUCGAAAGUUUCAAUACUGGCCCUCUCAUUACUUUUGUCAGAAUUUUCAUUCAUAAUAUUUCUUUUUUUGUCUGUACUGUAUUGUACAAAGAUAAUUGUACUUGUAACAUUUUAUGGGGUAUUACGUGAUGUAUGUUUUGUAAUGCAUAGUCGUUUCAUAAAAUACUUCCGAAUGUAUUAAAAAAUUAACAUAUUUCAAAUGAUGUGACUGACUUGUAUUUAAAACUUCAUUUAUACAGAAUGUGACAUUUUAUUCUAUAAUUUUCAGAGAUUCUUUAUUUGUAAAUAUAUAGUUUCUUUACUUCUUAGAAGUUUAAUGAAAAGAUCCGAAAGUAUCGAAUAUUAUUCACAAGCUGCUGAAUAACUUACUGUCGUCUGCUAACGUGAUACUAGCAUAUUUAAUUUUGAAAGAGGCAAAUGAAACUUGUAUAUUACAUGUUAGAUAUAAAAAUGGUUCAAAAGAUAUACACAUUUAAGAAAGAAAUAUGUAUAUUGUUGUGUGUUCUGUUGUUGUUUUUGAUAUUACAUAAUUUAUGUUUCAUACAAUAGCAAUAAAUGACAAAAAUAAAUAGAAUCGUUCUGA